AUGACCGACCCUAAAGAUAUCGAGGCACCUCACAAUGCCCACCACGAAGAGAAGGAUGCUGUCCCCCUCGAGAUAGACGAUGUGGCAGAUCAAAAGCUCCAGAAUCAGAAUGAAGCCGCAAUGGAUGCGGAGCUUCACCAGCUAGAAGAACAGGUGUACACCCUGCCCAAGUCCCGGUUUGAGAUGACUCUAUCCAACCCGGCGAAAUUCACCUAUAUUCUCGUCGCAUUCGCUUCGAUGGGUGGUAUGCUAUCUGGUCUUGAUCAGUCGCUCAUCAGCGGUGCAAACCUCUAUCUCCCCGUUGAUCUGCACUUGUCCUCAGCGGAUAAUAGUCUGGUCAACGCCGGAAUGCCGCUUGGAGCUGUUGCCGGUGCCCUUAUCCUUUCCCCAGCGAACGAGUACCUCGGUCGUCGUAUGGCUAUCAUCGUCUCUUGCGUUCUAUACACCAUCGGAGCUGCCCUGGAGGCUGGCGCUAUCAACUUCGGAAUGAUCUUCGCUGGCCGAUUCAUUCUCGGCGCUGGUGUCGGUUUGGAAGGUGGUACUGUUCCUGUCUAUGUUGCCGAGUGUGUCCCCCGCAGACUCCGUGGUAACCUCGUUUCCCUCUACCAACUGAACAUCGCCCUAGGCGAAGUCCUCGGCUACGCAGUCGCGGCGAUGUUCGUCAGCGUGGAAGGCAACUGGCGUUACGUCCUAGGCUCCUCACUCGUAUUCUCGACCAUCCUCUUCGUGGGAAUGCUCUUCCUCCCCGAAAGUCCCCGAUUCCUAAUGCACAAGGGACGCGAGAUCGAAGCAUACGCAGUGUGGAAAAAGAUCCGCGGAUUCAACGAUCUCGAAGCCAAAGACGAGUUCCUCGGCAUGCGACAAGCCGUUACAUCCGAAAGCGAAGAGCAAGCACGGACAAAGAAGUACGCAUGGAUGGAUUUCUUCACUGUGCCUCGUGCGCGGCGCGCCAUGGUGUAUGCCAAUAUCAUGAUCUUCCUCGGUCAAUUCACCGGCGUCAACGCGGUUAUGUACUACAUGUCGACUCUGAUGCAAGCCAUCGGCUUCAACGACAAGGAUGCAGUCUUCAUGUCUCUCGUCGGUGGCGGAGCGCUAUUGAUCGGCGCUAUCCCAGCUGUGUUGUACAUGGAACGCUUCGGUCGUCGCUACUGGGCCAAUGCCAUGCUUCCGGGCUUCUUCAUCGGCCUUGUGCUCGUCGGCGUCGGAUAUGCCAUCGACUUUGUCAAAUACCCGGCCGCCGCGCAGGGAGUUUACCUCACCGGUAUUGUACUGUACAUGGGCUUCUUCGGUUCAUAUGCUUGCUUGACCUGGGUCAUACCUUCGGAGGUAUUUCCCACGUAUCUGCGUUCAUAUGGAAUGACGACCGCAGAUGCAAACCUGUUCCUAUGCUCAUUUAUCGUUACUUACAACUUCACUCGAAUGAUGGAAUCCAUGCAGCGCAUUGGCUUGACACUCGGCUUUUACGGCGGUAUUGCCAUCGUGGGCUGGGUAUACCAGAUUAUCUUCAUGCCGGAGACCAAAAACAAGUCUCUUGAAGAGAUUGAUGAGCUAUUCUCACUUCCUACUUCGGUUAUUGUGAAGCGUAACUUGAAGCAGACUGCACAGGUUGUUCGGGACUUGUCGCGGUUCCGUCUUAAGAAGGUGUUUUCUCCGGAGCCAUACAAAUAA